AUGGCCCCCUUUCCAUCCCCAACUUCAAACUGGCACACGCAAACAUACCAUUCCAUCUCGCCGACCCGCCCGGAGCUUUCCGCUAAAGGGAAAACCAUUGUCAUAACUGGAGGAACUGGUAUCGGCGCAGAGACCGCUCGCCAUUUUGCAGAAGCAGGCGCGUCUCGUAUCGUCCUCCUUGGCCGUAGAGAACAACCCCUUCUCGACACCAAGGCCUCCAUCGACAGCAAAUGCUCUGGCGUGGAAGUACUCGUGGCCUCUGCCGACGUUACGAAGAAAACAGAAGUGGACGAAGUAUUCACUAGAUUCGUUGGCGGCGGGAAUGUCCAUGUUCUGGUCAGUAACGCGGCAGUGAUUGGGCCCCAGGAUGCCGUCGGUGAUGUGGAUGGUGACAAGUUUCUCGAUGCCAUUCAUCAGAACCUGAAAGGAUCGUUGAAUAUCGCGCAGGCGUUCCUUCGCUACGCGUCCAAGGAUGCAGUUGCCAUUGAGACUUCUUCGUCUGCGGCACAUCUCAAUUUUGCUCCGGGGUUUGCUUCCUACAGCAUUGCCAAGCUGGCGGUCUUUCGGCUUUGGGAUUCCUUGGCUUUUGCGAACCCGGAACUGAGUAUCUUCCAUAUACAGCCUGGCGUGGUGGACACGGCGAUGAAUAGGGAAGCGGGCGGCGUCGCUGCGAUGGGCUUCGCGGAUGAUGUUUCUCUGCCGGCAAGCUUCAAUGUUUGGCUCGCAAGCGGCGAAGCACGUUUCUUGAGAGGUAAAUAUCUGUGGGCAAACUGGGACGUUGAUGAACUGAAGGCCCAAGAGGAGGAGAUCGCAGCGAGCCCAAGACUUAGUAUUGGGUUAGUUGGGUGGCCGUUUGAUAGUGCUGGUUGGAAGUCCAAUUGGAAGACUGAGACUGAUGGUAGCGUUUAG